AGAUCUAAUUGUGGGUGCAUUUGGAGCUGGGAAGGCCGUUGUUUACAGAGCCAGACCUGUUGUUACAGUGAAUGCUCAUCUUAUUCUGAACCCCAUGAUUGUGAAUCCAGACAACAAAACUUGCCAGCUCCCUGACUCUGAGCUAUUAGUGGCCUGCUUUACUGUAAGAGUCUGCGCAGACUUUGAAGGUCAAAGUAUUUCAGAUGAGAUAGUGCUGAAAGGCGAAUUGCAAUUGGAUUCAUUGAAACAGAAAGGAGCUGUUAAGAGGACCCUUUUCUUUGAUUACCAUCAGUCACAUCAUUACUUCUCCAUUGUGAUAGAAAGACAGAAACAGCUCCACUGCCAGGACUUCCUUGUUUAUCUCAGAGAUGAAACAGAAUUUAGAGAUAAAUUAUCUCCCAUUAAUAUAAACUUCAAUUAUAGUUUGGAUGAAUCCAGUUUUGAAGAUAGUUUGACUGUGAAGCCAAUACUGAACUAUUACCAGAAAAGCUCAUUAACAGAGCAGGCUUACAUUCUCGUCGACUGUGGAGAGGACAACUUGUGCAUUCCUGACUUGCAUCUUUCUGCUAUGCCAGAUACAGAUCAGCUAAUAAUUGGAGAAGAAAACUGUGUCAUGCUCAUAAUAAAUCCAAGGAACGAUGGGGAAGGAGCCUAUGAAGCUGAGUUACAUAUAAAGAUUCCACCUGAAGCAGAUUACACUGGGGUUGAACGCAACAACAAGGCACUGCGUGUAUUGAGCUGUGAUUACAAGAUGGAAAAUGAAACUAGAAUGGUGGUUUGUGAUCUUGGGAACCCCAUGGUGGCUGGCGCAAAUUUCUCCACAGGCAUUCGAUUUUCUGUUCAGCAUUUUGAAAAUGCAGAGUCCAGCAUCAGUUUUGAGCUGCAAAUAAAAAGCUCUAACAAGAUAAAUCCCACCAGCAACUUAGUUAACCUGCAUAUCAAUGUCAGUGCUGUGGCUCAAGUACAGAUCAGAGGAGUGUCUCACCCUCCGACAAUUAUUUUGCCACUUCACAACUGGGAACCCAAAGAUGAACCUACAAAAGAAGAAGAAGUUGGUCCUUUAGUAGAACACAUCUAUGAGCUGCACAAUAUAGGACCAAGUGCCAUCAACAAUACAGUUCUGCAUGUCGGUUGGCCUGUGUCCAGUCGAGAAGAAUUUCUUCUUUAUAUUCUUCACAUUCAGACACAUGGACCAUUGCACUGUCAAACAAGUUCUCCUAUUAAUACAAUGCAAAUAAAGUUUACUAUUCCACAAGACACUCCUGAACUUGCUGCUUUUUUGUAUAAUUCCACAAUUUCUCAUUACGUCAGGAGAAGAGAUGUUGCAGUGGCAGAACCUCACAGGAAAAACUCUGCAAAAAUAUUGAACUGUACAAAUGUGAAGUGUGUCCUGAUUUCAUGCACUGUGGGACAGCUGGAAAGAGGAAAGAGUGCUGCACUAAAAAUCAGGUCCCGGCUCUGGGCACAAACGUUCCUGGAGGUAAGACACACAGAACUCUCUUUCUAUACACAAAGACCCCU